AAAGCAAAAAUGAAGAAAAUAAAAAAGCUAAAAAUUUAUUUAAGAAAAACCCAGCCAAAACCAGCAUAACUGAACUGAUAUCCAUCUUACAUCCGAGGUCUUCGGUUCAAUUUGCUCUGAUUUUUCUUAAUUUAAAAAAAAAAACAGGUUUGGAUAUUUUAAAGUUCAAAUUUUAUUUUUUAAAAACCCCAACCAAAACCAGCAUAACUGAACUAAUAACCAUCUUGCACUCGAAUUCUGUGGCUCGAUUUCCUUUGAUUUUUCUUAACCCAAAAAAAACGGAUUUGGAUAUUUUAAAUUGCCUAAAUUUCCCAAAUCUGUGUGCGGCGCAUGGCAACCGUUGAUUUACACCCCAGGCUCCAUCCAUCAUUUUCUGUUCGCUUAUAAAUAGCCGAGUAGAGUAAGUGAAAGCCCACCUCACCAUCCAUCUUCUGAAACAUUCUAGACAAAAAAUUUCUAAUUUUUAUCACCAAAAAAAGAAAAGAAAAGAAAAAUGCAAAUGACCGAGUUAAUACCUGGUCUACCAGAGGAACUCGGGCACGAGUGCCUGACUCGUUUGCACUACUCGACUCACCGAGUCGCCUCACGCGUUUGCCGCCGCUGGCAGGACAUGCUUCAAAGUCUGGAUUUUUACAACCACAGAAAGCAAUCCGGGCGCACCCACAAGCCCGCUUGCCUCGUCCAGGCGCUUCCGGUUCAGACCAGGGUUGACGAGACCAAACCGGGUGGACCGCCCGUUUACGGCGUCUCGGUUUUUGACCCUGUGAGUGGGAGCUGGGACCGGGUGGACCCGGUUCCGAAGUACCCACAUGGGCUUCCGCCGUUCUGCCAAGUGACGGCGUGCGAGGGCAAGCUCGUGUUGAUGGGCGGGUGGGACCCGGCGAGUUACCAGCCCGUGAGGGACGUGUUCGUGUACGAGUUCACGACUCAGAGGUGGACUCGGGGAAAGGAUAUGCCGGAGACCCGGUCGUUCUUCGCCGCCGGCGAGUUCAACGGCCGGGUCUACGUCGCCGGAGGCCACGACCAGAACAAGAACGCGUUGAAAUCGGCGAGGGUCUACGACGUGAGGGAGAACGAGUGGAGCGAGUUGCCUGGGAUGAGUCAGGAGCGAGACGAGUGCGAGGGGUUUGUUUCCGGGUCGGAGUUUUGGGUCGUGAGCGGGUAUGGUACGGACAGUCAAGGGGGCUUCGUGGGGUGCGCUGAGGUUUAUGAAAUCGGGUCGGGUCAGUGGAGGCGGGUUGAGGACGCGUGGCGUGCAGGUCAGUGCCCGAGGUCUUGCGUUGGGGUUGGGAAGGAUGGGAAGCUGUUUUGUUGGGGCGACUGUGACUCGCGGGUUCGGGUCGGUACCAGCGCGGUUGAGUUGGGCCCGUGGGCGUUGGUAUCAGGAUCGGCUUACCAAGGCGGGGCGCAAGGGUCAUUUUUGGUUGAAGGGCAAAAUGGUAAAUUGAAGAAUGUGGAAGCUCCUGAUGAGUUCUCUGGGUUCGUGCAGUCCGGUUGCUGCGUGGAGAUUUGAGUGUAUGUUUUUAAAGUUGUAAGCGGAUUUUGUAUCAGCUUGUAAAUACUUUUUUGGUUUUCAGAUAUUUUGCAUUAAAAAUUGUGUAAGACUUUCGAAGGCUGCGUUUGAUUCAUAAAAAAUACCGUUAGGUCA